AUGGCGGCUUCACCAACUUCCACAAACGGCAACACGUCGUCCGUGAACGGCGAAAAUGGUCGGAAAAGCACCGAUGGACAGCAAUCCUGGAUCCUCUUCAUCUCAGGCCCGACUGGAUCGGGCAAGAGCUCUAUUGCGGAAUUUCUCGCUUCCAACCUGAAAGCCCGAUUCAUCGAGGGCGAUGAUCUCCAUCCCAAAACCAACAUUGAAAAGAUGCACAGGGGCGAAGCCUUGACGGACCAAGACCGCCAAGGCUGGCUCGAAGCCAUCAACGAGCAAGCCACCGCCUUCAACAAGGACAAGGAGCAGUCCCCCAACCACCACCACCUCAUCAUCACAUGCUCGGCCCUCAAGCGAGCCCACAGGGACGUCCUCCGGGAAAGCUGCCUCAAGGCCGGCUACUCGCUCGUGCACUUCUUCUUCCUCGACGCCCCAGAAGCCGAGCUGAAGCGGCGGACGGAGGCGAGGAAGAACCACUUUGCAAAGGCGAAUCUCGUGCACAGCCAGUUCGAGGCGCUGGAGCGCCCGCGGAUUGACGAGUACGAUGCUACCAUCAUCAGCGUUGUUCCGCCGUUGGAGUCGGUGCAGAAUGAUACGCUGAAUGUGGCGCUGCAGUUGAUCAACAGGAGAUGA